AUGGAUAUGGAGAUGGAGGACGCGGCGGUGCCGGCGCUGGCGGUGGUGGACGCGCGGUUCUGCGCGGCGGACGCGGCGACGCUGGCCGUGGCCAAGGCGCUGAGCAUGUCCGGCAGCGACUUCGCCAUCACGGACGCGGCCACGGGCGCCCUCGUGCUGCGCGUCGACGGCGUGCUCUUCAGCCUGCGCCGGUGCUGUGUCCUCGUCGACGCCGACCGCCACCCCGUCCUCACUGUCCAAGAAUCGGCGCUGAUGCUGAACACGCGGUGGAAGGUGUUCCGGGGCGACAGCACCCGCCGGCGGGACCUCAUGUUCACCGUGGUGAAGACGUCCGUGAUCCAGCUGCGGGGGUCCACCAAGGUCAGCGUCUUCCUCGCCAGCAACGACGCCGAGCAGGCCUGCGACUUCAGGAUCACCGGCAGCUACCACGACGGCGCCUGCGCCGUCUCCCUCGGCGACUCCGACACCGUCAUCGCCAAGAUAGACCGGCGGUUCAGCGUGGUGAGCGCGCUUCUGGGGAAGAAUUCGUACAGCGUCACCGUCAACCCGGGCAUCGACUACGCCUUUGUCGUCGCGCUCGUCGUCAUCCUCGACGAGAUGCAUUUCCAGCGAUGA